GCUUGAGAUCAUCCUUUCGAAAACGUGUUUCACCGAAGUAGAACGUGUUGUCAAUAUUUAAUGAUAGUAUCCUCUUACAGAAUUGAUUAGAUUCUGUACACAUUAAAAUAAGUUUGUGCUUGCACAUAUAAAUAUUAAAAAUGUCUAAAAGAGGACGUGGUGGUUCAGCCGGAGCUAAAUUCCGCAUCUCCUUGGGUCUGCCUGUCGGAGCUGUUAUUAAUUGUGCCGAUAACACUGGAGCCAAGAACUUGUACGUAAUUGCUGUCCAUGGAAUUGGAGGACGUUUGAACAGAUUACCUGCAGCAGGAUCUGGUGACAUGAUUGUUGCUACUGUAAAGAAAGGUAAACCAGAACUUAGAAAGAAGGUUAUGCCAGCAGUAGUCAUUCGCCAGCGAAAACCAUUCAGAAGGCGUGAUGGUGUCUUCAUAUAUUUCGAAGAUAAUGCUGGGGUCAUAGUAAACAACAAAGGUGAAAUGAAAGGCUCCGCUAUCACAGGUCCAGUAGCAAAGGAAUGCGCAGAUUUGUGGCCCAGGAUCGCAUCUAAUGCAAGCUCUAUAGCCUGAACAUAUACUUGUAAUAAAGGAAACAUAAUAAAGUAAAUGUUUCUAAAA